AUGGAUCACUGCCAAAGAGUGAAAAGAAACACGAACCCCAAAGAGACUGCUAACAUAUUUUCUUUGCUGAGUUUUGCAUAUAUAGGUGACAUUUUAAAAAAAGGUUUCAAAAAAGACUUAGAGGAAGAUGAUCUUUAUGAAGUUAUCCGAUGCUGCAACUCGACCAGGUGUGGAGGAAAGCUGGAAAAAUGCUGGGACAAAGAAAAAGAAAGAAAACAAAAUAAAGGAAAACCACUUUCAAUAAGUAAAAUACUUUGGAAGAGAUGGGGUAAAAGAUAUAUUCUUUUCGGAUUUACAGAGUUUACCUGGCAAUCUAUAAACAAUUUACUUAAACCAUACGCUCUGAGUAACCUGAUAGCGUAUUUCGUACCUGGUUCCACUAUAUCAAGAAAUGAAGCAUAUUUUUACGCUGUCAUCUUAAUCCUAUUGGACAUUACUAAUACAAUAUUCAUGCAUAACUAUAUUCUGUGGGGUCAAAUUUUUGGGACUGAGAUUAAAACAGCCUUUUCGUCGCUACUUUAUAGGAAAGCUCUAAGACUAGCUCCUGGUUCAGAUGUUUCUUUAGGAAAUAUUGUGACGUUAAUUACAAAAGACGUAAUGUCUUUUAGAUUAUCGAUAUGGGUAUUCAAUGAUUGCUGGAUUAUUAUAAUGCAAGUGAUAAUUAUUAGUACUGUGCUUUAUAUUAGAAUCGGAAUUGCCUCUUUUGCUGGUAUUGGAAUUAUGAUUCUUGCUCUUCCAAUACAAGUAUAUAUUACUAAAUGGGUAACUAGACUUAGAUUAGAUACAAGCAAAAAAACUGACGAAAGAUUGCAGUUAACACAAGAAAUUUUAUCGACUAUGAGGAUUAUCAAAAUGUACACAUGGGAAGAAUUUUUUACUAAAAAAAUCAAUAAUGCCAGAAGGAAAGAAGUAAUAAAACUAGUUGUGGGAUACUAUCUAAAGAUAGUCACUGUCUUAAUAGGACUCUUAUUUUCAAAACUAGGAUUUUUCCUAUUAAUUAUGGCAUGUAUAUGGACAGGCAUUACGACUGAUACAACUAUUAUCAUAUUUGCUGUUGCCACAUUUAAAGAUCUCGAACACUGGCUUAGUGAGGCCUUACCAUACACAAUGGGACAAUUAGGAGAAUUUUUUUCUGCUUACCAAAGAAUUAUCAAAACUUUAGAAGCAGAAGAAUUGGAUCCUGAACGACAAUUGGACCAACCAACAAAUGAACCUUUAAUUGAACUUAAAAAUGCAUCAGUGAGGAUCAAAGAUCAAAAUAUUUUAAGCAAUAUAUCAUUUAAAAUCACGUCAGGAUUAACUCUAAUUACCGGAACAGUAGGAUCGGGGAAAACAUCUUUAUUUAAAGCUAUUUUGCAAGAUUAUCCAUUAUCUGCUGGUUCAUUAGUGACAGAUGGAAGAAUAGCAUAUGCCUCUCAAGAUCCUUGGCUGUUUCCUUCUUCUAUUAAACAGAAUAUCUUAUUUGGAGAAGCAUUUAAUGAAAAAAGGUACAACGAAGUAAUAAGGGUUUGUGCCUUAUUAUUCGAUUUUAACCAAUUAGAAAAUGGCGAUGAAACGAUUGUAACAGAUCGAGGAUUAAACUUAAGCAAAGGCCAACAAUCAAGAAUAAAUCUCGCUAGAGCUGUAUAUCGGGAAAGUGAAAUUUAUUUGCUAGACGAUUGCCUAACAGCUUUAGAUGCAGCUGUUCAAGACUACAUUUUUACAGAAUGCAUUCAAACUUUCCUAAAAGAAAAGAUCUGCAUCCUUAUAAGUCAAACUGCCAGUCAUAUUGGGGAAGCUGACAACGUUAUAAUUAUGGACAAAGGCUUUAUUAAAGAUAUUGGAAAACCCGACGAACACAUCUUCCAAGAAGUUAAGGAAUUGGUGGUUGAAGAUGAUGAUUUAGAAAAAGAAGUAAUUGUUGAUGAAAAGGAAAUUAAUGAAAAAACAAAAUUGACCGAAACAGAGCAAUUGACAUCUAAAAAAAAAGUUUACAGCGAAGUUAAGAAAGAAGGUUCAAUUGAUUUUAUAGUAUAUAAAAAAUAUUUUAUGUAUGGAGGAGGAAUUAUGGUGGUUUUGUUGAUUUUUUUUAUGGGAGGUGGUACUCAGUUUACUGCAAGUUAUUCCGAUAAACUUUUGACCAAUUGGAUAGACAUUAAACAAACUGUUAUAAAUAUAGAAGCGAAUGUAACAUCCAAUAAUUCCUUUAAUAAUAAUUUGGAAGUAACUGUAAAAGAAGAAAAUUUUAUUUUCAGAAAAUAUACAAUAUUCUUAUUCGUUUCAAUCAUUUUGGAACUAGUCAAACAUUACGCAUUGUUGGAUUUCAGUCGAAGAGCUUCAAUUAAUAUACACAAAGCCAUGAUUAAAAAAAUAAUGAACGGCGUCAUGCAUUUCUUUGACACCCAUUUAAUUGGUAAUGUUUUGAAUAGGUUUUCUCAAGAUAUGGUGAAUACAGAUGAAAACUUACCAUUUGUUGUCGAAGAAUGUUUCAGUGUAUUUUUCAACGUUGCGGGUGGAAUACUACUAAUAAUAUCAAUUAAUUUAACUUUUAUUAUUUACGUAGUGUUUAUGUGUUCUAUACUAAUUCUAGUAAGAUGGUACUAUCUACCUUCAGGACGAAGCUUAAAGCGUUUAGAAGCAUCAACAAGAAGUCCAAUGAUCGGUCACCUGAAUGCUACGUUGGAAGGUUUAACUACAAUUAGAUCAUGUAACGUGGAGCAUCUUCUGAUACAAGAAUUCGAUAAACAUCAAGAUUUGUACUCUUCGGCAUAUCUGAUGUCUCUUUCAACAAUGCGUGGUAUAGGAUUUUUCAUGAGUUUGAUCUCUUCCUCAUUUCUUGUUGUUGUAUUGGCAAAAUUUAUGCUUUUCGAUUCAGAUAUUACUGCUGGAGAAGUGGCUCUAGCACUAACACAAGUCUUGGCAGUCUGUCGACAAAUGCAAUGGGGUGUCAGACAAUGGGCAGAGCUAGAAAAUCUUAUGACAUCCGUAGAGAGGCUUCUGGAAUACACUGAUAUUAAAACAGAAAAUAAGCAAGGCCUACAACUAGAAAACUGGCCAUGUAAAGGUUCUAUAACUUACGAAAAAGUUUCUCUAUCUUAUAACGACAGUGACGAACUAGUUUUGAAAAAUUUAAAUUUCGAAGUGAAGCCAAAUGAAAAAAUUGGAAUAGUUGGUAGAACAGGAGCGGGAAAAUCUUCGAUAAUAUCCACGAUUUUCCGAUUAUAUGAAGUUCAAGGAAAAAUCUUAAUAGACGGAGUCGAUAUUAAAACUCUAGCUAUUCAAUUUUUAAGAAAACAUGUAGCUAUCAUUCCUCAAGAUCCUAUUGUAUUUUCUGGAACGAUAAGAACAAACUUGGAUGUACGGAAUGAAUUCAACGAUAACGAAUUAUGGGAAGCAUUAGAGAAAGUUGGAAUGAAAAAUUACAUCUCCAGUUUGGACCAAAUUGUGGGAAGCAGCUCAAACACAAAUUUUAGUUCCGGACAAAAGCAACUUAUUUGCUUAGCAAGGGCCAUUCUUCGUAAACACAAAAUAGUUGUAAUGGACGAAGCAACGGCUAACAUGGACCAUGAAACCGACAUUAUUUUACAUCAAAUCAUUAAAAAUAACUUUUCUGAUGCAACUGUUCUUACUAUUGCUCAUAGAUUACAUGCUGUUUUGGAGUGUGAUAAGGUUAUGGUGCUGGAUAGGGGUGAGAUCGCAGAAUUUAAUGACCCAAAUACAUUGCUCGAUAAUAGAGAUGGAAUGUUUUAUAAUAUGGUCAAGCAAGCUGGGCUUCUUAAUUAUUUAAGUUAACACUUAAUACAUUUGAAUUAAUAAAUUGAGAAUACCAAUUAUAUUGAAUUUUACUUUUUUCUUUAUAAAAAUCGGGAAUCAAUCUCAAAGGAACAAAACAAUUAGUAUUUAAUUAUUAUAUUGAUGAUUUUUGAUCUCAAACAGUAGUAUUAAAUGUUUAUAAUACGUACUCUGAAUCAUUUAAGAAUAUUUUCACAAAUGUUAGUAAUAAAUUAGGUACUUAUAUUAUUUGUUUACUAUUUUUGUAUUUAACCAUUGUAUUAGAUCAACUAGUAGAACAAAACCAAUGCAAAUUAUCUUCAAGGACAAUGGACAGUAUCAAUAGAUGGCAGCAAGCUCCGUGGUGUCCAAGUCAUGUCUUUGAUAAUUUUGUCGUCUUCUACUGAGCCAUCGAACGGUUGUCGAAACUGAAUAACGAACGUAAUUUCUCUAUUUUUUACUAAUAGAUGGACCGAUAGUCGAUUUAGAAAAUUUGUUUUAAAAAUGAGAUAAACGAGUUUAGAGAAUAUAAACAAUAUUAAUUUAAAUUUGCCAAUAUACCCAAAUACAAAUUUACAAAUUAAGAAAACUUUAUGUAUAUAGAAUUCUGUACUCAAUGAUCGUGGAAACGCUAGGGCUCGGGCCAUUUUGAAGUUAUGUACUUGUUCUAACACAUGUUGCGACAGAAUUGCCUCCAAUGAAACGUCCAUAAGAGUGAUUCUACUAUCUUAUCUAAAUACAAUGAUUUAACUAACUAUUUUUCAGUUGCGAUAUUUAUUACUUAAACCUUACAGAUGUUUACUAUUUCUUGAGUAGGGCAGUAAUUACUAUUGCCUUGAUACAAAGUAUACAGUUAAAAAGGACUUCUUCAUAUCCACGAAUCAUAUUUCACCGACGCGAAACGUUGAGAAUAGUGGUAUUUAGCUGAUUAUUUAUUUCCCUCAACAAUACUUCCCUAGCUUGUCUUAUAGCUAUUAAAUAUUUUGUACAAGUUAAAAGUUAAUAUUAAAAUAAAUUAUAAAUCUUUUUAAUUUAGAUUAUAUUUAGGUAAUACUCUGAAAGAGCAUCUCACUGUUGAAAAAAUAAACACGAACGUAUGGAGCCCAGCACUUACCCUUAUCGUUAUUCGACAUUCUUUUUGUUGAGUUGAAAUAUUAUCAUUUUUUGAAUGACAUUGUAUUUUUAAUGUUUCCACUGAUGUCACUUUUUGAAUAAUAAAACCUUUUAAUUCAAGUUGCAGAAUAUUAUUCAUUCAGUCCACUACCGUGUAUAAUCUUCUACAGGUUAUGGGUCCAGGUAUGCUGUGAAUACAAUAGGUUGGUCUUGCAAAGUCAGUUUUUUAAUAUUUGGAGCAGUAUCUUGUCUACACGUUGUGUGUAUGGAACUUUUAAGAGUUAUUAUUGAUAAACUUCAAGGGCAGUCUAAUUGGAUGGACUGCAAGUUCCAAAUAAGAAUUCAGUUACAGUCACGAUGUUAUGCAAGCAGUUAAUGGUACUUUGGAGUAUCCAUAAUAUUUGGCACCGACUGCAACUGAAAUUCAAAAGGCAGUAUAUCGAAAAGCUCUCUCCUCCGAAAAUAAAAUUGAAUAUAAGGCUCAGAAUUUAAUUGUGUCGAUCUUAAGCAGUCAGGUACGGCAAUUAGUUAACAUGUGCAGCAAAGAAAAAGAUACGUGGGAUAAGCUACAUAGUGUGUAUGAACAAGGAACUGAACAAAGACAGGAUCGUCUCUUUAAUCAGUUCUUAAGUGUUCGGGAAAAAUAUCCUCAAGACACUGUAGCUAGACAUAUUGUCAAACUCGAGAAGUAAUGGUUAGAAUUUCAAGAUGAAACCUGGCGAGAAGACAAAGUUAAACUACCCGACUCGUUAUUUUUAAACAGAGUUUUGAAUAUCUUGCCUGCAGAAUAUUUCGAGUUUACAAAUGUAUGGGAGUCUGCACCAAAAAAAAAACAACGUAUUGUGUGAAAUAUUAUGUACAGUGGAACUGCGAAUACAUGAGAGAGGAGCUGAAAAUCUUGAUACGUUUGCCAAGUCAAAGAACUCAUUUUUACAUAAUCAAGACAAUGUUGCUGAUAAGAAGAAGAAAAGGGUAACCUGCUACCAGUGUGGUAAGAGAGGAUACGUAAAACGUGACUGUCCCAAAAGAGAUGAGAAAAUUAACAAAUGAGCUGGAGAUACCUCUUCUAGUUCAGCUUCUGUGGGCAUCACAAUCUGAAGAAAAGAUUUGUGGUUAGCGGAUUCAGGGACAACACAGCAUAUGACAAGCCGAAAAGAAUGAUUUGUAUCCUUUGAACGUUUUUCAUCCCCACAGUAUGUCUUAGUUGGUAAUAGGCAGCGAAUGCAGGCACUUGGAAAAGGAAAUAUAGACGUAAAGAUGUAUAUUAACGGUCAAUGGAUCCAAAACUACCUCCAAGGCGUUUGGUAUGUUCCCGAGGUCAGCCGUAAUUUUUUCUCAUUUCCUUGUAUCUUCGAUAAAGGAAUGACUUCCAGUCUCACUAAACAUACUUGUUCUAUCGAGAAAAACGGCAAGGUAGUAGCUGUUGGAGAGAG